GUGUUGCCGCUGACCAAGAAUUGGUGGCCAACAUGGGAUACAAGAACCAAACUGAACUGCAUAUUUACUGUUAAUGCUAGUUCUCAGUUAACAAACAGGAUCCGCUCUGCCCUUGAGGCUUCUAGGGGAGAACCGCCUGAGGAGAUAAAAAGGUAUGUCAUUGAGCAGUGCAAAAAAUGGAAUCUUAUAUGGGUGGGAAAAAACAAAGCUGUGCCAUUGGAAGUAAAUGAAAUUGAGACUCUUAUGGGGUUUCCAAUAUACCAUACACGAGGUGGUGGUGGCAUUAGUAGGGCCGAGCGUUUAAAGUCACUCAGUAAUUCUUUUCAGGUGGACACAUUGGCAUAUCAUUUGUCUGUCCUUAAACCCUUGUUUCCUGAUGGUAUUAAUGUCCUCUCCCUGUUCACUGGUAUUGGUGGUGGAGAAUUGGCACUUCAUCGUCUCCAAAUUCCGAUGAAAACACUUGUUUCUGUGGAGAUUUCACAAGCAAACAAAUACAUCUUGAGAGACUUUUGGGAGCGAACUAACCAGAAAGGAGUGUUGAUAGAGUUUGAAGAUGUGCAAGACCUAACUAAAGAUAUAAUCGUAGAGUUGAUGAAGCAGUUUGGUGGGUUUGAUAUCGUGAUUGGAGGUAGCCCUUGCAACAACCUCGCUGGUGGUAACAGAGUAACCCCGAAUUGUCUGGAAGGUGAACAGUCUUUGAUGUUCUAUGAGUAUUGCAGGGUUCUGAACGUGGUUCGCCAGACAGCAAAGGAGAUGAGAAGAUCUUGAUGAUCCUGGCAUAAAACUUAGUCUGAACUCUGUCAUUAUCGUAAUGUAAUAUCAUAUGGUCUGAGUACGUAUAAGUGUGUGUUUAAUAUAUAAGUAGGAGGGUCCUCUUUAUUUUGGCGGUGGUCUAUUAUGAACUAUGCGGCGGUGGUUGAUGUUUAUUAAAACGUUUUAAAUAUUAAGUUUGGCUGUUACGUAUGAAA